GAGAAACAAACAAGAACAUUGCGUAAAUUAGACGGCUAGCUCUUUUUCUAAUCAAGUUUUGAUCACAAGAUUCUCUGCCAAUGGAAGGAAACACUGGGUCUGCAAACGAUGAACCCCAGAGUUUAUUGUUCACAUGGAAAGCUGAGAAUUUCUCGAGACUCGAGGCCAAGAAGAUGUACUCUGAGACCGUGGAUCUUGGUGGCUACAAAUGGCGACUACUCGUUUUUCCCAAUAAGGAUCAUUUGUCAAUUUUCCUAGAUGUUGCUGCUUCAGAAAAUUUGCCUGAUAAUUGGAGUGUCUGUCCGCUGUUUACAUUAACAGUCGUCAACCAGAUUGAUAAGCGUUACUCUGUCAAUAAAGACACAUAUCAUGAGUUUAAUGAACGUGACCAUGACUGGGGCUUCAAUUGCUUCAUGCCUCUGACUGAACUCUACAAUCCUCGAACAGGCUAUCUUGUAGAUGAUACCUGCAUAAUUCAAGUUGAGAUUUCUAUUGGCUCACUGUUUGCAGACUGAGUACUUAUAUUCCCCAUUACCUCUUUUAUUAUGUAGGAUUUCUAUGUAACUUAUUUUUUAAUGCUUCGUACAUAAACUUACUUCCCAUUUUCUUGUUUCUCGUAUUCUAAAAUUAUG